UGGGCGGUGUGGCCCGUUGGCAGUCAGGUGGAGAAUCAGCUGUACCACUUUGCGAACUACAACUUCACUCUUGUGGCGACGGUGUCCAUCCACAAGGUGCCGGAGGGAGAUAACACUAUUCCUUUGAUGGGUGUGAAGAUGAAUGGUGAACAAGGGAAAUUUUUUGGGUUGUCGUACGAGAAGGAAAAGAAAUGGAAGUUACUGUGCGGUGACGGAACGAACGAGGAGCUCAGCAGCAUUGGGGAACCUGAGGCAACACACCACGUGGUAAUUUUGCUACGAAAUGGCAACCAGAGCUCCGCGUACGUCGACGGUCAGCGUGUGGGGAAUGGACAAUGUGAAUUGAAAGAUAUGGAAUCGCAAGACAUCUCACACUUCUACAUUGGAGGGGAUGGAGGCAGCACAGAGAAUACAGAAAGCCGAGAAGGCGUGUCUGUGACUGUGAAGAACGUCCUGCUGUACAACCGCCCGUUGAGUGACAAUGAGAUUGGCGUCCUUAACCCAAAUAAAGUAGCCAUUCAACAUUUGAAGGAUAAGUCGUCGGAGCCUUCAACAGUUUCUUCUGAUUCCGUUAAUCCUAACACCUCUCCGGUUACCGCAGAUGCUCAGCAAACCGGAACUUCGUCUACUCCUGACGGAAAACAUCUGACGGAACAGGGACAGUCGAUGGGGAGCAGUAAUGCGGGCAGUGGCGGUGCAUCCACAACAGCGGUGUCCACUAUAACUACUCCUUCAGCAGGAGAGGAGUCCGUAAUGCAGGUGGCGUCAGAAUCAUCUUCUGAUGGAACUCAAACUGUGGGUGGCGGUUCUACUGCUGAUGGCGAGCCAACGGUGGAGACAAGAGAAGGAGGAACGAAUGAACAGGAGGAGGAGGUUAAUACACAGCUCGGGGAAGUAAAUGCCACGACACUCAGCAGCAACCUCGGAAAUGUGUCGCAAGAAAAUAACAGCGAUGCCGGCACCAUGUGUGGGAGCGGACUGCUGCCAUCGCUGCUUCUGCUUCUGUUGGGACUGUGGGUGUUUGCGGCUCUGUGA